AAGACAAGAGAACAGAAUAAAAUAGAAGCGAGCAAAAUAAAUAUUAUAAAAAGUUGUAAUUAAUAUAUUUGUUGUAUUGCCGUUUUAUUGGAACGCGCAUAUAAAUUAUUAUGAAUAAAAAGCCACCUUUGCCUUUAACGGCAUUUAUAGGUGGUGCUACAGCGCAACCGAAUGCCUCUAGUGUAACGACCGUGAAUAGUGGCAAUAAUAAUAAUAGCGCGACAGUAGCAGCCGUGGCAACACCAACCUCCAUGUGCUUUUCAACGACUGCCAAAACAGACAAACAACGCGACCAUAAUUCUGCUCAAACCGAAGUCAGUGGUUUGUGUGGCUGCCAUAAGGCGCCUAAAUCACAUUGUAUAUCGGCUAUAGGAGUUUUAUUAUUAGUGCUUCUAUAUACAGCCUUGGGCUCCAUAAUAUUUGUAACGCUUGAAGGCGAACUUGAAGAUAUAAGCUCUUUGGAGACGGCUGUAGCUGCUUCGAAGCCUUAUCCACGCAACGAGUUGGCAAAUGCGGAAAUCAGAUCGAGAACGGUUGACCGCUUGUGGUCGAUUACAGAAGAUUUAAAUAUAUUAUACAAAGAGAAUUGGACACGACUGGCAGCCCAGGAAGUGCAAUUAUUUCAGGAUACCCUGCUGCGCUCAGUGCGUCAAUCAAAGGUCUACCAACCAGGAACACAAAUGAAUCCGCCCGCACAUAAAUGGACUUAUGCCUCAGCAUUUCUCUAUUCCCUUACGCUAAUAACAACAAUCGGGUAUGGUGGAAUUUCACCCCGAACUCAAUGGGGACGCAUAGCUGCCCUUAUCUAUGCUCUCUUUGGUAUACCUAUAGUGCUACUAUAUUUGUCGGCUAUGGGUGAAGGUCUUUCCGCGGGCAUGCGCUGUCUAUUCCGUAAAGCUCGCUCGAAAAGUACGAUCAGCAGAGGGAAUUCAGCUAACAAUUCUGCCGGCAUAAACACUUCAACAGGUAAUAGUAAAAAAUUGACCAGUGAGGGCCCUAAACACUCAACCAAUAGCGGUAAACAUUAUCAUGGUGGUAAAAUGCAUAGCUCUCAUCCUUAUGGCAAUUUAAGCAAACAACAUCAAUCUUCUGCGGGCUCACCUAGUAUUCCAAUCUCCAUAUGCGUUAUGGUCUUGAUCAGCUACAUAAUCUCAGGAGCAAUUUUAUUUCACAAAAUGCAAAAUUGGAGCGUUUUGGAGGCGUUAUAUUUUUGUUUCACAUCGUUAGGUACAAUCGGUUUUGGUGAAUUGGCUCCUACAGGAAAUUUGAGCUUGUACUUAGCUUCGGUCUAUAUACUGAUAGGUAUGGCGGUGGUAGCGAUGUGCUUUAGUUUAAUACAAACUGAACUUGUUAUGUGGUUGCGUAAGUUUAGCGUACAAGAUCACGUUAUACCGCAAGCGGAAGAAGUUGCUCUAGUAUCGGUAGCCGUGACGCCGAAAUCCUCUUGACAGAGGCCGACAGCCGAUCUUUUAAUGACUGGCAGUGCUGCGGCUGGUGCUAAUACAAUGGGUCAACAUCAGACCAUGUUCUUUGGCCCUGCUCAUACCUACAGCCAAUAUAAUUCGUUGCCAAGACGCGGGAUGACUUCAGCAUUUCAACGCAACACUCCCAUACGAAGAUCGGCUGGUAUACCCGAACAUCAUAUUGAGUACUUUGUACCACGGAGUGUAAGCGAAUUUAAUUUGUCGGGUGUGGGUGACUUAGCAUUACCUCCACCCAGACGAUGUUCGCCCACUGUACCAAAUUCGGGUUUAGGGUUACCUCAUGGUUUACAACUGGGGCCACCGCAGGCCUUACUCUGCGCCCCUAUGCCACUACCACCGUCGACUGCGCAACCGCAAAUGCAAGUUAUAAUGAAGCCAAGAGAAAAAAUGGUAACUUUCGAAGAUGAACCGAAAGGAAUAGCUCCACCGCCGCCCGUCAGCGGUACUUGUCCACAUGGAGUGCCGACAACACCACGGAAAUCGUCAACUGGCGUAAGUGCAGGUAGCGGCGGCGGUGACAUAUUUAUGUGACGGGAAUCUCUCAGAUGAUCGACACUUAGCGGUUUAUUAAACGAAAAGGCUAGUGAGGAUAUGUUUGGCUUAGCAAACAAGUCCAACGAUAUCAUGUUAAGAGAUUUAGAGCCCUUCGAGCAGGCCAGAAGAGGCUCCACGGCCAGCGAACCUAACUCCUUGAGUGGCAGUUUAAGCGAUUUAAAGAUUAAAUCUACACCCGGCGAUGUUAUACGUGUAUAAAAAUGUCUAUUUUAUCAAAAUUCCAAAACUUGAACAAUUUAUAAAAAUUUCCUUUAGUUUCCCUUUUCCUAUUAUUUCUAUAAAAUAAGAUCUUAAAUAUUAGGUUCUAGGACAAUGUAUGUAUAAACAUGUUUGUAAAAUUUUUAAUCUCAUCUUACAACGUUUAUAUUCGCGAUGAAUAUGAUAAUAAAAAAUAUAAAAAAAGAAUCCAAUGAUAGCCAAAGGAAAAAGUUACUAAGAGAGCGAUGUAAAUAUUCUUAAAGAUACUUUUUAAAAGUUUAUAUUGAGUAUACAACGAUUAAUUUUCAUUUGUAAUCCAAAGAAAACGAAUUAAUUUCGAAAAGCUACGCUUAUAGUUUUUAUUGUUUAUUUAAAUUUUUGUUACGCUGUCCGUCAUUAAAUCAAAAGAUAUAAAUCGAUAUAAAUCGGUUCGUAAAAAUCGAUUUCGCCAAAAUGGUCAAUGCCUUCAUUUCGGUUUAUUCAAUUAUUAUAGGGUAUUGUUGUAGUCCGUCGAAUUCAGCAAUAGGAACUGAACGACUGAAACAAACCUAAAAUAAAAAUCAAAGAAGAAAGGAAAAAAAAUCUUCUUUCAAGUUGUUUUGCAUUUUUUUAGUAUCAGGUGAUUGAUUGUACAGGUUCAUCACUGGGUGCAAGUUGAAAAAGUGUGGUUGUUCUUCUACAAUUAUCUUCCAAAGAACCACAAGCUUAUUGAUGCUAUCUUUCAACAAAGAGUUGCGUUUUUCUUGAGAAAAGUCAGCGAGAUGGUGUUCGAUAGUCAGAAGACAGGUGGUCUGGAGAAUGUAAUGAAUGCUAGAAAAUUUCCCAUUGCAAUGAUUAAUGAGUUGCUCACAAUAAAUAUCCGCUCUUUCCGUGACAAAUCAUUUUCAAUUUGCAGACAGAGCGGGAACACGAAUACGGUCCGCAUCGAUUUGACUCGCUUACCACUGACUGGUCAUAGUUUAAGCGAUUUUAUUUUAAAUUGAUUUUAAGCGGGAUAAGUGUUUCUUCUUGAAGCAAGUAUCGAUUUCUUAGUUGUUCUGUUUAGUUAGUUUUUCUUUAUCUCAUAGAAUGAAAACCGUAGCUGCUUCCAAGCGUAUAUGUGGUGACGAACAUUUAGCUAAUUGUACAUGAAAAACAAUAUGUAUGACAGUUUAACAAUAUAUUUAUGCAUAUCCGUGGCUUUUUUCAUAUUUUCAUUCUUUGGUUUCUGUGUAAGAAUGGAGAGAGAGAGAGUUUGCUGUGCCAAAUAGUGUAAAAAAGUGAAGAAAAACAGCCCUUUCGAAAACUAUACAUUUUUCACAUGAAUAAAUGACUUGCUUUCUAUGUUACUUUGAAUGUGUAUGCACAUGUGUGUAUAUAUGUGCUUCCUAUUUUUAUUUAUUUUUUUUAUAUAUAUACGUAGUGUGUGUGAAUGAGUGCUUGAAGAAGUGAAAAACGAAACCACUAUUACUGCCACUGUACACAAAACACUGCUUAUAACUCAGUGGUGCAGAGCCAUAUGUAUGUAUAUAUAUAUCGCGUGGUUUAAAGUGCUCCAGUUUUGCGGUUGUGAGAAAAAACAAAAAAAAAAAAAAAAGAAGCAAAAAUAAUAAAAAUGUAUGAGGCGACACGUAACAACGGUUUCUGUUAUUUCUCCCUUUUCUCGUCUUGCCAUUAUUGCUGUUGUUCUGUUUCGUUCUUUGUGUUAUUUGUUUGACUCUAUUUAGUCCGUGUAAUUUAUAGAGCGAGUGGUUAAAAGUAGCACCGCAAUAUUCCAUAUUCGGUUAUGUGUGCAUGUAAGCACGCUGUACAUAUGGGCGUUCGAGGGUGUGCGUCUCUCCACUUCUUAUUCGUUUAAUAAUAUGACAUGAAUUAAUAAAAUAAAAAUAAAAUUGCAAAACUUUUUUGUUUUUUGUCUUUCUUUUGAAUAUAAUGAAAUAACUAAAGAGAAAGCUUUGAAAGUUAAACUGUAUGAUUAACGAGAAAGUUUUUGUUUAUACGUACAGGCGUGUAAAUGGAUGGAGGUAUCGUUUUGGACUGUCACAGUUCACACUGUCCGCCUUGUGUUAUUUCAGUUAACUUUUCUGUUAACUCCCUACGGUUUUUAUAUUGCUCCUUCUUUGCGUAGAAUCCAGUUAAGAUUUCCAAGAUCUCAUGAGGCCAAUUAAUUUAUUCAAUUCGGAAUUUUGACGAAUUUGUAAAAACUCCACUAUCCGUAUGUGUUUGAUAAUCAGCACAUCAUUAAUUGUAAUAAAUAUAAUUAAUAAUGAGUAAGAAAAAAAAAAAAAAACAAA